CUCGGGAACGUCGUAGUAAUAACAACGCUGGUCUCAGUUACUCUGGGCUGGGGUCUGAAGGGCUCAAAGAGGGAGAACAGCCGCCUUUAAGACAUUUACCUUGAAAGACAGAUAGUAAUAUAUUUUUUCUCCACAACGGGAGCGAAGGGUUGUGGUGGGGGUCUUAACGCUAUUUGAAGCAGCCCUUUGCUCCUGUUUCAACGGAAUGCAACAAUGAGAAGUGUGUACUUCUUUUUGGCUGCUCUCUUUAUCCCAUGGGGUCUUGUGUGGGCAAAGUUUGAUGAAUUUGAUGAUGGAGAUGACAUUGCGGAAUAUGAUGAUAAUGACUUUGCUGAGUUUGAAGAUGUGAUUGAUGAUCCUGCUACCGAAUCUCCCCAGCGAAUCGUCACGACAGAAGAUGAUGAGGAUGAGGCCACUGUUGAGCUUGAAGGUCAAGAUGAAAAUCUUGACUUUGAGGAUGCUGAUGCGCAGGAAGGUGAUACAGAGAGUGAGCCUUAUGAUGAUGAAGAGUUUGAAGGCUAUAAGGAGAAGCCUGAUGCAUCUCCCGGCAAAAGUAGAGAUCCUAUAACCAUUGUUGAUGUCCCUGCUCACCUCCAAAAUAGCUGGGAGAGUUACUACAUGGAAAUCUUAAUGGUGACGGGUCUCCUUGCUUAUAUCAUGAACUACAUAAUUGGGAAGAAUAAGAACAACCGUCUGGCCCAGGCCUGGUUCAAUAGUCACCGGGAGCUGCUAGAAAGUAACUUUGCCCUUGUUGGGGAUGAUGGCACAAAUAAAGAACCCACAAGUACGGGCAAGCUGAACCAAGAGAAUGAACAUAUUUAUAACCUGUGGUGCUCUGGCAGGGUGUGUUGCGAGGGCAUGCUUAUCCAGCUCAAGUUUCUAAAGAGACAAGACUUGCUGAACGUUCUUGCUCGUAUGAUGAGGCCAUCCUGUGACCAAGUGCAAAUAAAAGUUACUAUGAAUGAUGAUGACAUGGAUAACUACGUGUUUGCUGUUGGGACAAGGAAAGCCUUGGUGCGGCUUCAGAAGGAAAUGCAGGACCUGAGUGAGUUCUGCAGUGAUAAGCCCAAGACUGGGGUGAAGUAUGGGCUCCCAGAGUCACUGGCUAUUCUGUCAGAGAUGGGUGAGGUCACAGAGGGAAUGAUGGAUACCAAGAUGAUCCAUUUCCUCACACAUUACGCUGACAAGAUUGAGUCUGUCCAUUUUUCAGACCAGUUUUCCGGUCCAAAACUUAUGCAAGAGGAAGGUCAGCCUUUGAAACUGCCUGAAACUAAAAAGACGCUAUUGUUUACUUUUAACGUUCCUGGAUCAGGCAACACCUCCCCAAAAGAUAUGGAAGCUCUGCUGCCUCUGAUGAACAUGGUUAUUUAUUCCAUUGACAAAGCAAAAAAAUUCCGUCUGAAUAGAGAAGGCAAACAAAAAGCAGAUAAGAAUAGGGCACGUGUAGAAGAGAAUUUUCUGAAAUUGACUCAUGUGCAAAGACAAGAGGCUGCUCAGUCUCGCAGGGAGGAGAAGAAGCGAGCCGAGAAAGAGAGAAUCAUGAAUGAGGAAGAUCCAGAGAAGCAGCGUCGCUUGGAGGAGGCUGCUUUGCGGCGUGAACAGAAGAAACUUGAGAAGAAACAAAUGAAAAUGAAGCAAAUCAAAGUGAAAGCCAUGUGAAAAACAAAGUUGCAAGAAACCUCUUUCUUGGUGCCAACCGUAGAAUUAUAAUUUGCUUCCUACAAUGAAUGAAUUAUAUUCCUGACCUUAAUCAUUGCCCAUUAAGACCUACUUUUGACACUAACCUUUGUUGCUCAUGGGAUUAUGUUCAAAGCACUUUUGUAAAUGUGUAUAUGUGUUAAAGUUGUUAGAACACCAAGGAGCUUUUCUUGGGUCAGUCAUAGGAUUGUUCCUGGAAGCACUACAUGGGUAAUCAGUUCUGAUUUAACCUUUACACAUGUGUGCAUGUACUUGAUUGCUUCAAAAGUAGUCCCACAAAUCCCAACGUUACAUAUUGGGCAGCAACAAGAGAGACGUCCUUUUGCAUUGGCACUCCCAGCAGGUGGGAUACAAUCCUGAAGCCACUUCAGUCUCCUUUGGUCAGUGGGGCUGCUAAUAAAUAUUUUUGGGGUUGCAGCCACUGUUACGGUUUUAUGUAACAUUCAGAUGUGUAUAUAGAGGGCUUUGCAAUCGUCUUCCACGUUGUUGGAUUGUUUAUUUGCCCCUACUUGCUUUGGUUAGUAUUGUAGAAAGUUGCAAUCCUCCUUGGGAUCCUUUGACUUCUCAUUUCUUUAAAAUUAUAUAUAUAUAUGAGAAACUUCCUAGAAUGUGCCAGCAAUGCAUAAGCACUUUGAUACUAUUUUGGGGGAUGGGAGCAAAAUAAAGACUUAUAAUGGCCUAAAUUAAAAACUACAACCAACCCUCACAGUAGGAAAAAAAGUACUCCUUCCAUGAUUGGUGCAACCAGCACAGUUUAGAUAUCAAGCAAUUAAGCACAAAUCACAAAUGCUUCAGAUAAUUCAUGUUUUAAAAACAAUUGUACUGUGUGCAUGGUUUUGAGAGAGGAGGGGGAGUUUCCCUCUUUCACAUCUCUUGUAGAAAGCUGCUAAGUGAGUGUUAUUUAAAGGCUUACAGUUUUUCAAAUCACUUAGUCUAGAAUUAUUCCAGGGGAAAAAGCUGUUGAGUGUAGUUUGGGGUGAGCAGAUUGAUUUCCAAUCUGUGGACUACUAAUUGAAAAUGCUACAAUAAGCUGCAUGUAGAUAAGUGUUUCUGUUAAAACUUCACAGGAUCUGAAAAUAUGUGCAUGUUAUUGUUGAUGUAUAAGCAAGCAAGCAAUUUGGAAAUGACAGGUGCAAGAGAAUUGCCCUUGCUCACUGAUAGAUGUUGAUUUCUUUUUAAAAAAAUAUGUCUAGUUUAAAAUAAUGUCCAUCCAAUCUGUUAAAUUGCCCUGACACAGAAUUUGGGGCACAUCAGUCGGUGUGCUUCAUACUGCUGCAUGAAGUUCUCUGUGGGAUCAAAUGUGGUACCUCAUGCAUCGCCCCAUUACUGAAAGCCAUGCCCACACAGCAGGCUUGUGUGUAUCUGGUUCCUGCACGUGGAUUUGCUGUGCCCAUUUCCACAUAUGGAUGGUGUUUGCUGGUUCUGGCUGAGUUCACAUGUUGAGUUUCUUUCCUUCUCUAGAAAGACACCUAGGUGUGUUUAGCAGCUUUUUCUAGAUUUCAGUGUGUUCCUCUAUUUGUGUGUUAACUUCUCCAAUAUUUCUACUUUUUGUUUCUGUGGCUACUGACUAUAUAAAAAUUUGGCAAGGAGCUAGGGACUAACUAAUUGUGCAAUUAUUCCUCCAGCAAGGUAGAAUACUGUUUAGAUGAGUGUAUCUCUUGUUUCUGUUAAAGGUUAUUUAUGGAGGAAUUGGUGUGUGCUGGGGAAACUGGGAACUGGAGUUUCUCAUACUUUGCAGUCUUAUGGAAUUGGUGCAUUUUAUAAAUGCUUGUCUAGCUGGCAUUUGAUCAUUUAUAUGUAAUGGGCACUUUCUGCAGUGGGUUUAAUGGGGAGAAACUUGAGGGUUAAACUUGUUUCUUAAUGUAUUUUCUUGAUACGCUUUUACCUGCAAAUAUAUUUGAUGCAAUAACAUUGAGCUGCUCUUUUAAACGGCAUGUGCUAAAAUACAUUUGUCAGAGCAUAGAAAUGCACAGGUUCUUUCUGAAUGCAAAACCCUGCAACCUGAAAAAGACAUUUGAAUUUAGUAAUUUUUAUAACUAUCACUUAUGGUACUUUACAGCAGAAAUGGUAAUCCUAUGUGGGAUUCAAACUAUUUUGUCACUAUAUGUAGGAAGUAAAAUUGAAUAAAAUAUUGUUUCACAGAGGUUCUCUUUUUAAAGGAAA